GUUCAAACCUGAGGAGGAACAGCCGAGACGUAGAAGAUCCGGGUUUCGUCGAUUCUUGAUCUGUUCGUCAAUCGGAGAACAACAACCCCAUGGACAAAGGCAAGGCUGUGAUGGGUUCUGGUCGGAGAUGGGCCAUCGAUUUCACCGAUCACUCCACUGUUCCAUCUUCCCGCGACAUCCUCGAUCCUCCUGGCUUCUCUCGUGCUUCUCCCGAACAGGAUGAUUCGGCGUCCAGCCGCCAAAAGAAAGACGCUGAAGCUAAUUGGAAGCUUCAGAAAGCGUGGGAGGUGGCGCAAUCUCCGCUGAGGAAUUUGAUGAUGAUGGGUUUCAUGAUGUGGAUGGCUGGGAGCACGGUGCAUCUGUUCAGCAUCGGUAUCACAUUCUCAGCUCUUUGGCAGCCUAUCAGUGCCCUCCAAAGCGUCGGAAAGAUUUUUGAGCCAUAUAAGGAUAAUAAGGUGGAGUUGCUUAUGCCAAAAUUAGUUUUUAUCGCCCUUAAUCUUGGAGGAUUAGCUUUGGGUAUCUGGAAGCUUAACUCUCUGGGACUUCUCCCAACGCAUGCAUCAGACUGGGUUUCUUCUCUACCUCCUCCUCAGGAGGUUGAACACUCGGGCGGAGGAAUCACUUUCCAUUGAUAUGAUCCGUUUUCUCUUGAUGGAAAUUGUGAGAUAAGGCACAAGGGAUUUUGUUCAUGAAAAUGCCUUCUCAUGCUGGCCAUGAAUACCACUUCUAUUACUUUUUAAAUUGGUGAUUUGUUGUAGCUUCUAAACCCCUGAACCUACACUCACUUCCAUUAUGAUAACAUUGUUCAUCAUAAUUAUUUAGUCAUAGUAUGGUGUAUUAUUGCACUGUGACAUAUUUUUUCCCAGCUUUCACUCUUUUC